ACCUCAUCUUUUGGUCUUGUUUGGCGAUAACAGAGAAACCAAGAAAGAAUAGAAUGGCUACACUCUCAGCAAUUUCAUGGUCACCUUCUCUUUCACCUAGACCCGCUACUUCUGCUUCCCUCACAUUCCUCACUGGAAGAAGAACCUCUGUCUCUGUCAACGUGGCCCCCUCGCGUUCUUCUCUGCUUCACUGCUCCUUCAUUCCCUCCUCCUCCUCCUCUGCUUCACUCUCCUCCCCUUCUUCCUUUUCAGGUUUAUCUUUGGGUUUGGAUUUGAGCUCUAAUGUUGGGGUUGGAAGAAGAAGAGGCUCUGGCUUAGUGGUGAGGGCUGGGAAGGCUGCCCUGUGUCUAACCAAGAGAAACAGGUCCCGGAAAUCUCUGGCUAGAACUCAUGGCUUUCGCAGACGCAUGAGAACCACUAGUGGCAGAGCAAUGUUGAAGCGCCGACGUGCCAAGGGGCGGAAGGUGCUCUGCACCAAGACCAAUCCCAACAGUGGAAAACGUGCCUAAUUGUGAGUAUAAUUAGGUAAAUGCAGUUUUAUGUAAUGAUGUCUAAUAGCUGAUACUUGUGAAAUUUGAAGAAUCUCAAACUUCUUUAUCUUGCUGUCUUCUGUAUUGUUCGUUUAGAAAGGCUAAUGUUAUGCAUUUUACUUGUA